CUCGCUUUCUCUCCGUCUCCUCUUCCCUGCCUCCGUCCCUGCACCGCCGUGCCCUCGGAGGGAGCGCUGCCCGCCCGCUCCCGCAGGCGAAUCAACAGUUUCCUGAAUAAACCAGAGAGUUGCCUGAGACACAAAGAUGUUGGAAGAAGAUAUGGAAGUGGCCAUCAAGGUGGUAGUUGUAGGAAAUGGAGCUGUUGGGAAGUCCAGUAUGAUUCAGCGAUAUUGCAAGGGGAUUUUUACAAAAGACUACAAGAAAACUAUUGGUGUAGAUUUCCUGGAAAGACAAAUCCAAGUUAAUGAUGAAGAUGUCAGGCUAAUGUUAUGGGACACUGCAGGUCAAGAAGAAUUUGAUGCAAUAACUAAAGCCUACUAUAGAGGAGCCCAGGCUUGUGUUCUUGUGUUUUCUACAACUGACAGAGACUCCUUCAAAGCAAUCCCUACCUGGAAAGAAAAAGUUGUGACCGAAGUUGGAGACAUUCCCACAGUUCUUGUGCAGAAUAAGAUUGAUCUUCUUGAUGACUCUUGCAUAAAGAAUGAGGAGGCAGAAGCACUGGCAAAAAAGCUAAAAGUGAGGUUCUACCGAGCGUCUGUGAAGGAAGACCUGAACGUCACUGAAGUUUUUAAGUAUUUGGCUGAUAAGUAUCUUCAAAAGCUCAAGCAACAAACAGCUGAAGAUUCAGAACUAGUACAUACAAGCAGUAACAAGAUUGGUGUUUUUAAUACAGCUGGUGGAAGUCACUCCAACCAAAAUUCUAGCACUCUUAAUGGUGGAGAUGUCAUCAACCUUAAACCCAACAAACAGAGGACCAAGAAAAACAGAAGUCCUUUUAGCAACUGCAGUAUACCUUAGACCACUUUUAAAGGAAAUAAAGCAACCCAGUGAAUUGGAUGAAGUUGUGCAAUUGAAUACAGAAUAAAACCAGCUGUAGAGGUAUUUUUACCAGUGCUUUAGCAAAUCUUGUGCCUGUGGGAUCCUUUAUAGAGGGUGGAUUUAAAUGAACUUGCUGAUGCUGUGGGUUUGUUGUGUGGUGUGAGACACCUGGUGGCAACACACAGAACCUUGGCUGCCUUGGGCACUGUAAAAAUUAGGCGAGCUUUUCCUUUUUCAAGGAAUUAUUUACAGAGCUAUGAACUAGGUCUUGCUGAAUUGCAAAGCACAUUUAACAUGAGGAUAAUAAGUACAAGCAUAGGUACAGACCGUAACUCUGUGGCCCAAGGUAACAUAGCAACCAUGCAGCUAAACUUCAAAGAAAACGUUAGAAUUUGUUAGUCAGGACACUAAGAAGGUAAAUGAAGAACAAAAAGACACUCCUGCAUUUUAUCCCUGACCAUAUCAAUAUGGAUUCUGGCAAGUGUGUGCAAGAUCCUUGCAUUAUAUAUAUAUGUGUAUUAAGGUAUAUAUGUCGACGUUUGGGAUGAAUAUUUAGGCUUGGUUCCAGUGUAUGUGUUACUUGGAGAUCAGUUAAUGAUCAUAAAAUAGUAUCUUCCAACUGUCCUUUAAAAAUGUUGCAUUUCAGAUGAGGCUUUCCCAGCUGCCACUGGGUACACUGAACUUGCUAUACUUUGGGCCUAAAAGCUUAGAUUUAAAAAUGUGUGGUGCCAAAAAUGCUCCUUUUCACCUAAUGCUAUGUUACAGAUGUUUUGUAAGUUUGUUUUUCUCAGUCUUAACAGGUUGAACAAAUGACACUAAUAGCUACUCAGAACGAACAUAGGUCAUAUUCUUGUUCAAAUUUGAUUGUUGUAUCCUGUGAAAAAGGAACUUGCAAAGUGGUGUCACGAAGUCUUUAUCUUAUUAGAAAAUUUUUUCGUAAAUACCAUGAACUAAGUUAUGGAGGAUCCAAAAACUUGCAGCUGAUUAUAUUAAUGAGACAUUCUUGAAUGUUGUCUCAGAUUCAAAGCUAGCUGCUGGUUAAGGAAAUCUAAUUCUGCAAGAUCAGAGACAUGGCAAAAAAUUUUCAAAGUGCUUCAGUAAUUUUACAGAAUUGAUUCAGAUAUUUAGGAGCCCAAAUCUAAUUUAAAGUUAUUUGGGCUUAGGCUCCUAAAUCACUACGGUGCUUUUAAAAAUGCUAAGCAAGAUACCUUUUAUUUAGCAAAGAUAAACACUUUAUAAUUGUCUUCAAGAGCAUGCAUGCCUUUUAAAAACUAUCCAUUUUGUUUACAUGGUUUUGUAUGGUAUGAUAUAAUUUUAACUUUCUAAGAUUUCUACAACAAGUCUGCCACUGACAAAUGCAAAAUAUGCUGCUUAAAAAAAUCAGAGUUUUAAUAGUUUUUAAAUGGUGUAUGAGAAUGAAAAUGAGUUGAGUGAUCCUGUAUAUUUUUGAAGGAAGGACUUUUCACUAUGUGAAUUCAUGUAGGAAGCUUGACUGACUUUGUUUCUAAGUCACUGAGUAUGAAAACUGAAAUGUAUUCUUUUUCCCCCUGUCUGCAGGGAGAGAAAUGGGUGGCAAGUUAUGCACAAACACUAAAGAUCUCUGAACUCUGUAUUUUGUGUUUACUGUAUUAGACUUUCUACCGAGUACCGUUGUUUCUUUGACAAGCUGUUAGAGAUCUCCUGUUGCUGGCAAGAAGGCGGCCUUCAAGGCACUCCGUCCCUUCUGCUAUUGCAGCGAAACCCUGUGCUCUUCACUGUAAUGUUUCCUGUAUUUUCUCUUGGAUAAAGGCCUUUAUUUUUUAACACAUGCAUUUAAUCACUGUAUGUAUAAGUGGAGUAAAAUCCUAUCUGUCUUAACAAUUUAAGAAGUAGGGAUAAGAUGGGGAUAAGAUGGUUGAACAUCAUGGGGCCACCUUACAACUUAGGGUAGAGUGUAUGCAUUAAGAAUUUUGAAAACUGUUUUUCCAUUUCACUGUCUGUCGCCAGUUUUACGUUUUAUUCAUUUCUCUUGAAAAAGAAAAAAAAAGUGUCUGAAACAUCUUUUUUUGCCUUGACUUUGUACAGCAUACUGAAAAGUAAGUCUUUAUUAUGUAUAAUGACCAUUUGUACUAUUACACAUCAUACUGUAACAUUAUACUAUUAAUGCAGGUUUUUUGUAUUUAAAGUCUGUCACUAUAAAUCACUGUUUUAAGAACUGAAAACUCAGCAGAAAUUUUCUUAGGUGGGGACUUGACAGACUAUAAAUUUAGGAUAUGUUGAAAUGUAGUACAUAUACUUUAGUGCAGGAUUAGUUAUUUGCAGCACUGGGUGAGUUUUAAUUUCAUUCCCAUCUUAAAUCUAAAGUAGCUCUUUCUUUGUUGUGACCUUGCAGUGUUUGUUCUCCAAUACAACUGAAAAGGAGACUGUCCAAAUUAGCAUUUUUCUGCAAAGUGCUCUGCAUAUACGCUGCUUGCAAAUUUUGGUUCUUUAUCCUACUGGGGUUAGUAUGUAGGUAUAAACCAGAUGACUUGCAUAUUGCAGGAACCCUUAGGUAUUCAUAUCACUCUUCAGUGGCAGUAACGUUUGCCUUUUGGUUGAAGAGAUGUACCUAAAUGUUUUAGCACUUGUGUUGUCCCACGUGAAUAAUUUUUGUUACAAUCAUUGCUCCAUUCUUCACUCAAAGUGUUCUUAUUAAAAUGUCAUAUAUUUUUGUUAGCAAAACCUACAGGUGCAGAGCCUUCUCUGUGCAUCCCUCUGACUACAUGGGAGGAUGUAGUGAGGAUGUAGCUCUGUUAUGCCCGUGCAGCCUGGGUUAAGAAGCAACAGAUGCUCCUGCCACAAGACAGUUUUGUUCUGUGAGACUUAUGUUCAUUGCACUCCUGUAUAUUGUUUAUACCUCUUGAACAGUUCAUUGGCUGUAUUAUCUGAAUCUUGCCUAAAUUCUUUGCUUUUGGCUGAUAACACUGCCAUUAGCAGAAAACUUCAGUAGUUGUUAAUGCCUUAGUGAAAUAAAGAUUCACUAAAGAGCAUGAAUGAUGCUACAGCUCUGUCACUCCCAUGUUGUAUCCAUUCAGUGAAUGGGUGUUCUCCCAGUACAUGGGACAUCGUUAGAUGCAAAGCGGUAAUGCUAGGGAUGUAUUUCCAACUGGAAAUAACAAAUCUCAAAGUUGUAAGACUGAUCACACUAAGAUUUUUAUGCUUGUGUGUGUGUGGUUAAUUUAAAAAAGAAAAUUAAAUAUUCCACUUAAGACAAUUUUGGAGCUUUCUUAUUUUCAGUAUUUAAGGCAAAACUUACCUUUUGUAGCCAAAAUUACUAUCUGUCUUCCUGUUUAAUUUUCUUAUGCUUCGUAAAAUUUGACUUUAUUUUCUUCAUUAUUGGGCUGCAGCUUAUCUGACACAGUUUUGCAUCACUUCUGUAGAAGUAUGUUAAACUAAAGGGUACUGAGCAGCUGAACAUGCAGCACUCUCUGGGAGUUAAUGCAGGGGUACACGUUUAAGACUCAGUGAGCCUGUGCUUUGAACCUGUUAAUUCACCCCUUCAGGUUGAGAGCUGCCAGAUAACAACAGAAUGAAUGAUUUGUAUUCAUGAUUUGUGGACCCUGUGUGGGAGUUCUGUUAUGCAGCAAGAUAAUACACGUGCUGCUCAGAUUCCAGUGAUGGUACCUGAGCCCCUACUGCUUUCCUCACAAGGUCAGAGACCUUCGGUUGAAGUUGUAGUACCUGAACACUAAUUGUAGCAAAAUUAGAGAGCAAAAAUGGUCCAACAGGCUUGAAUUCAUCAAAGCAACCUUGCCAUCUUUUUGUAGGAAGCCACAGUUGUGCAUAUUUUCUUUCUAAUGCACAAAUAAUAUUGACAGAAGAAAAUAUUUCUGUUAAAUAUGGCAUGCAAACAGGUAAUCAGAAUUAUAGAAUGACAAACACAGCAAUUCUUAGAUUUAAGGUGAAAGAUGCUAUAAUGGAAUAAAAAAACUUGCUAAUGUUCCUUGUAGAAGUCUUCUAUAUCAGUCAUCUCAAAGCCAGGUGAGUCCUAGUACUGAACUAGACUCAUUCUCUGGUUUCUAGUAGUAGGGUAAUACUGAUAAAUAGUUUGUCAGUUCUGCUGAACUGACUAAAGUUGGUCAAAAAAAUUAAAAAUUAAUCUGGACCAGGAGGAAUACCACCAUCAUUGCAAGGAUAAAGAUGUAUCAUUACUAAUAAAUGACUUAAAUGUGAGUGGCUAAAACAGAUAAUGUAUGUAACUGUUUUUAUCACCAUUGUGAUCUCAAGUUAAAUGUAACAGAUUUUUAGAAAAAAAGGUCAACAUACCAUAAAUCCUAAAGAAGAAAAAUCAGUGUUUAAAACUGAAUAUUCUGUGUAUGCCAUUCCUGUAAAAUCCUUACAAGUUAAUUCUGCUGUUCUCUUGUGACACUUGUUGCAUCAUGCAACUUAAAACAUGUUUGUUUGCUUACUGUUUGGUCUGAUACAAAUCAUUACUUUUGUGGUUAUAUUAAAUUGUCAGUAUAUUAAAUUUCAAAAAAUUGCUAUAACCCUGUGCAACCUCAAUCUGACUGAGAAAUUUGUGUGCCUGAUUCUAGUCCGUGUGUUGCCAACAGCUGGGAUGCAAGACAGCAUAUGAGAUACCCUCAAAGAAACAAGUGUGGGCACCCCAGUCUAACAGAAAUGCUGUUUCUGAGCUCUUGCCUCCGAUUUCUUCACCUGGGGUUGAAAUACAAAAUGGAUUCUGUUCUGCUCUUUCUGGUCAUUUUUCUUUUUAUGAUUGGUCUGGCCAAUACAGUGACAAGGUUUAAAUCAAUGAUUGUAGACAUUGAAGUGGCAUUAAAUUAUUAUUAAUAUAUUAAA